CUGUCCGACUUGUUCUCCCCCAAAAGGAGGUGGCUGGAACUAUUAGUUCCGCUUUCCCAUAUAGUGGAUUCCCUGGUGACAUCCGGAAUCCGUUUCUUAUUGUUCUCGGACAGAGUUUUGCCUCAUCAAGUACUCCUAAACUCGCGGUCCUGUGCACUACUGAAGUUUGAUUCUUAGGAUUCUUUCCUGAGAGGAAAUUUGGAAGUCAACGGCUGUCUCCGGAGGGAGCCGAGAAGGCGAAGGUCACUUCCGGCGGGGGGAGAGAAGUCUUUUGUUUUUGUUUUUGUUUUUGUUUUAUUUUUUUUCUUCCUGAUCCGGGAUGGAGGUGGCGGAGGAAUUGCCCUUGGAAGAGGGGAUCCUGCAGUUCGCCCGCGAGCCGCGUCUGGGCCUGGACUCGGGAUGGAGACCUGGAGAAGGCUGUACUUAGAGCCUCAGAGACUCCCCGCCCGGGCCGACCCAAGCCGUCCUCGCUCUAAAGAGCCUCCCCCGGGGCUUGGCCCUUGGCCCCUCUCUCGCCGAGGAACAGCGCUUGGGGAUCUGGUGUGUCGGGGAGCCCCUGCAGCCGGGACUGCUCUGGAGGCCGCUGGAAGAGAAGGCUGUCUCUGAGCAGAAGGGCAAAGGAACGAAACCACGGCAGGAGAAGGGCAUGUCACCAGGUCCAUGGGGAGAUGUGUGUGCUUGUGAGCAGAGUUCAGGCUGGACAAGUUUGGCGCAGCGGGGCAGAAUGGAGAGUGAGGGAAACGUGGCCCCUGUGUGGAACAGUGAGAGACUCUACCUGCAGGUGUAUCAAGUUGUACCGCCAGGCUUUGAGCUGCUACUGUGGCCCCAGCCUCCCUCUCAAGGUCCGAGCCCCACCCAGCCCAGGCUAGAAGAGGCAGCCACGGCUCUAGUGACAGAAGUAGAGUCCACUAUACAACAGGAAGUGGCCUCCCCUCGGGAAGAUGCAGCAGAACCUUGGACAGAUCCUGGUCACCAGUCACCCUGCACCAUGCAGGCAGAGCAUAUGAUGAGCUCUGGACCUAAGCCCCACACCCAGGACCAACUUUCUAGGGAGAGCCAACCACUUGGCCCAUUGCCUCAGGUUGGCAGUGUGGACAAAGAAGACCUACCCCAGACACAUAUGCCACCUGAACCUCAAAGCAGCUCCACUACCCAGCAGGACCUGGAGAGCAGUGAGGCCAGUUCCUUAUCUUCUGCCAGCACUCCCCAGCUGCGUGCUUACCUGGUCAAGAAGUCAUGUAGCCCCCGUGAUCAAUGCCUAUCCAGAGCAAAGACCUCAGCACCCGGGCCCACCAGGGGUGAGCAGCUGCACCCUGGCCUCCCUGCAUGCUUGCAGAGCUCUCCUGGCCCAGCAAAAAGAGCCCCAAAACAGGGGCGAUGGUACUGGUGUGGGGAGUGUAGCAAGGCCUUCUUGCAGCUAUGCCACUUGAAGAAGCACGCAUUUGUAAACACAGGCCACAAGCCCUUCCUUUGCACUGAGUGUGGAAAAGCCCACAUGCUGGGACACUGUGGAGUGCGGCCCUUCCCCUGCCUGCAGUGCGACAGGGACUACAGCACCCGGCGAGACCUUAGAGAGCACCAGGUGGUACAUUCAGGUGCUCGGCCCUUUACCUGUGACCAGUGUGGCAAGGCCUUUGCUCGUCGGCCCUCUCUGCGACUGCACCGCACUGCCCCUGCCCCAUGCCUGUGCCCUGUGUGUGGGCGGCUCCUGGCGAACCAGGGCUCCCUGCGGAACCACAUGCGGCUGCACACAGGGGAGAAGCCCUUCCUGUGCCCACAUGGCUGGGCAUUCUGCCAGCGGGGCAGCCUGCAUGGGCACUUGAGGCUGCAUAUGGGGGAGUGCCCUUACCACUGCCCACACUGUGCUGACGCCUUUCCCCAGCUGCCUGAACUGCGGCGCCACCUCAUCUCCCAUACUGGGAAGGCCCACUUGUGCCCUGUGUGUGGGAAGGCCCUUUGAGACCCACACACGCUGCGUGCUCAUGAGCGCCUGCACUCAUGCAAGAGGCCCUUCCUGUGCUACACACUGGCUACCAAGCUCCGGCGCCACCUCAAAUCCCACCAGGCUGACAAGCCCUACCACUGCCCCACCUGUGGCAUGGGCUACAGCCUCGCCCAGAGCCUGAAGCAACACCAGCUCAGUCACCAGCCUGGGGCACCCUCCUGUGGGCCACCCGCCACUGCUGAGCCCACUGUGGUGCUACUGCAGACAGCGUCAGAACUGCCAGGCACUGGCUCCCUGGCCCGGGACGCCUUCCAGGUCACCAUUUCCGAGCACUAGGACAAGUGCUUUGUGCUGCCUGAGGAGCCAGGCCCCGCCCCCCACCUGGUGCUCCUCCAUAAGGACACAGGCUUUAGUACCUGGGCAGAGGUGGUGGAGGUGGAGAUGGGCACCUGACAGCCUCGCCUUUCCUGGAAGAGUUCUAUGUGAAGACAAGUGUUCUCCAGUUGUCAAGUGUAUGCAUCUUUCUCGUAUGGCACCCGAUAGAGAUCAGUCUACUGUGAGAAGCAGGUCAUGGUCUCCCUCCUGCUUGUGGACUGUCAGAUUGUUUCCCAUGACUCAGGUAAACCUAGGCCUCAGAUCUUACUGAACUUCAAGUAGAGCUUGUUCUGUCUCCAUCCCCAGGACUCAGAUGCUGCUUGAUCAGACGCCGGGGGCAGGAAAUCCAGACAGCAAGUGUGAGACAGCCGGCAACAGCUCACAUGUGUCUGUCCCCAGGCUGUGGGUCAUUGUAGCUGCAGUUCUCCCCACCUGCGUGCUGUGAAUUUGCUUGUUCUGUACUGCAGGACACCUGGCUCCUUGGAGGUGGCUGGGUCUGCACCAGUCUGUGUACCUGCGCAAGGUCAGCCCCGUUUAGGGAAAGAGGAGUGUGAUUUGUAUUACUUGUGGACCUGGGCUGCCCUAGGUGUGGUGGGGCACAGCCAUGAGCAAGAUGGGCAGUGCCCUUCACAGAGCUCAUGGUCUGCUAGGUCCAGAAAGCACGGGGUGGGAGCCCCAAGAGGCACACACCACUGCAUGCUGGGUGGGACAGUCCAGCUUAGCCUGGGGCAUCAGGGAAGGCAUCCCCGAGGAAUAGUUGAUGAUAAACACUCAGCCCUUAUUGUGGACUUCAUGUGAGAUUAUUUAUAUAACCCUCAUAGCAAUCCUGUGAGGUAGGUAGAUUUUUCUUAUUUAACAGAUGAGGAAACUGAGGAACAGGAUACUUUAGGUAUCCUGCCCAUGGUGACAAAACUAGGUGGGUGGCAGAGCUGAGAUUCAGGCCCACACAGUCUGGCACUGGAGUAGGGCUCUUAUCCUCGGCCCUCUGCCAUCUUGCAUCUCAGCUGCCACCUGAUGGGUGGAUGGACACGUAAGGGCGCAGGCAGGUGGGGGUGCUUGAUGCUGCAUGUGAAACGGCCCUGUGGUGAGAGCAGUGUGGCUGGAGUAACAGGGUGAGAGGCAGGGCCAGGGGAUAGACCUUGCUUCAGGAGUUUGGACUUUUCUUCUCAGAACAUUAAGGAGCUCUUUGAAGAGUUUUGAGCAGGAGAAUGACAUGAUCAGCUUUGUGUUUGAGAGGCCACUGGAGGGUUUGGCAGGUGAAGUACAGUUGUGGGCAAUAGCCUCCUGGCUGCUGAGGUGGCUGGGACUGGGGUGGUAGCCGUGGAAAUGCAGAGAAACGGAAUCAUUCAUCCAACUGGUAUUUAUCAAGCACUCUUAAUGAUAGUUUUAGGGAGCCAGCAGUAAUGACAGUUUCUGCUCUCAUGUAGUUGUGGUCUGGUGUGGCAAGACAGUGAACACAUACAUGUGAGCUGAGGAAAGCAUUGUGGGGGAGAGGUUAAAAUGAGAAGGGUGGUCAGGGAAGGCCUCUCAUAACGUGACACAAGCAGAGACCUGCACUUCAGGGAGGAGUGAGCCCAGCCGAUUUCUGCAGAAGGAGCUGGGUUCCAGGCAGAGCAAAUGGUACUUGCAAAGCCCAGUGAGUUCCAGCAAGAGCAAGGAGCAGAGCAGCCACAGAGGGCCUGGUGGGGGUUGAGGGCAGGUGCAUUGGUGCCGAGGGAAGGAGUUUGGGUGGAUGUGUACUCUGGGAGGAGAAAAUGACAAUCCAAAGACCGAGUGAGUCACAGAGAGAAAGCUGAUGCCUAGUUUCUGACUUAGCAAAAUUAGGAUUUGGGCUGGGAAUGGGUUGAGUUUGGAGUGCCUGUGGGAGAGAUCUCAAGCAGUCAGAAGGCACAGCUUGGGGAGAAAAGCCUUGCUUAGAGGGAGAAUCAGGGAGACUCGGGGUCUCUGAACCUGGGGGAGGCCAA